GCUACUAAGACUUCCGUCUGUUCACUCGUGUGUCUUGGGUGGUUGUAUAUAUUCUCGGUAGUGCACAAAGAUGUUAUAGAAGUUUUUUAGUUUAUGGGUGGAUAAGAAAAUAAAAUGAGUUUUCUACCAGGCACAGCAAGCCUUAUCAAAGAAAUUGACAAAAAGCUCCUGGUAGUUCUAAGGGACAAUCGAACGCUUAUAGGUUAUCUUCGAAGUAUCGAUCAAUUUGCUAACCUGGUACUUCAAGGCACAAUAGAAAGAAUACAUGUUGGAGAUAUGUAUGGUGACAUUCCCAGAGGAAUAUUUGUUGUGAGAGGAGAAAAUGUUGUUCUUCUAGGUGAAAUUGACCAAGAAAAGGAAAACAAGUCAAUUCUAAAAGAAGUUUCAGUUGACAAAAUAUUGGAAGCUCAAAGAGCAGAACAAAUUGAACAAGAGGAACAAGAAAAGGCCAAAAACAAGGCAAGAGCACAGCAAGGCAUGCCAGUUAAUUCCUCUGAAACAUAUUUAACACAUGAUGAUCGAUUUAUUUAAAUCUUUAGUAGUUAUGAGAAUCAAACAGGGUUCUUAAGUUCUCAGGUUGUGUUUAUAUUUUUUUUUUGUGUUUAUAUGUGUUUUGUUUAGAAUUAAAGUUAAUGUUGUUACUAUUAUAGACUCUGAGCCCUGAAAGUGUUGCAAAAGCAUGUUCUGUUGUAUUUGUGUUUUUUUUGUUUGUGCUGUAAACUAUAAAAUGUUCAAAUAUUACUUAAUGUGUUUAUAUAUGGUCUGCUACAAUUUGCACUAAAGACAAAACUAAAUCAAAAUCAAUGAUCAAUCUGCUAAGGUUUUUGGAAUAAUGCAAAUAUAAUAUUGUUCUUAGCAGUCAUUUGCGUUCAAGAAUCAUUAUGCUAGUGUAGUUCAGUUUAUCAUAAAAGCUCAAGGUAAUGUAUUAAAAAAGCAGCCUUGCAAUUUUGURAAGGAGUUCAGUGCCAGUUAUAAACUCAUCAAUCUUGCUUAUUCAUAUAUUUAUUAAUAAUUCAGACUGAUUACUUACGUGGAAAUAUCAUUUACUGAUCCGGUGUAGUUGUUAAAAUUAAAAUAUUGCAAACUCUCA